AGCCAGGCCUCAGUCACAGUUGAGACGCCGAGCUGAGCCGAGCCAAGCCGAGCCGCAGGCCCCCGUCGGAGCGCCCCGGACCCCCGGAGGCCGGAGGGAAGGCCGCCUUGCCCGCUCCGCCCGCUCCACCCCACCCCGCCCCGCGAGGCAGACGAGGCGCGCUCCGCGACCCUGUGAUACGUGCUGAAUAGUCCUGGGAUUCGCGGAUUUCUGCCUCACGUACCCCUACCCCCCACACCUCCUCAGUGUGUCUCGCGGGGUUAAUCGGUCGUUUCGAACUUCCCGCCACUCGGAGAGCUGGAGUCACGAGGUCGGCGCAGGCGCACGCUGAUUGGACGGAAGUUUGAUUACAACAUGUCGGCAGUUUGUUUAUCAACACAGCCGAAACUGUCAUGCGACAGAGCACAUCCAUUCUUUCGGUUUUCAGCUGACCUGACAUAGACUUGUACGAUGACUCUUCGUAGUAGCAAUGUAGACUACUACAACAAAAUGCAAGAGCUGGAGGAACGAUUAAAACGAAGUGAAGAGGAGAGAAUGCUGUUGCAACGACAGUUUGAUCAUCUCCUUCUUGCCAAUCAUGAUAAGGAAAGGGCAAGAGUGUCAAUUGUUGAGGCAAGGUACAAACGCUUUCUGGAGGAAGAUAAACGUCGUAGAGAUCGUAAUAGCAGUCUUCUUCAGGCACUGGAUCGUAUCGAUAGCCACACAGCCAGCCUUGCUGCCAAGACAGAGAGAAUGCGAGCGCUAAGGAAACAUUAUGAAGCCUUUAUAGCUCAUUCAUAUCCUGGUUGGCAUACAGGAUUAGACCGCCCAUACUAUCCCUUAGCUGCUAUUGCUCCUGCCCCAAAUGUUAUGACCCGGGUGACUGAAAUCACAGGAUAUGAUACUGAGAGUGCUCAACGUUUCCCUGACCCCGUCGAUUACAGUGAGACUCAAUACCAUGCCUUACCAAGUAUACCGGCAAAGCCAUUCUAUCCUCUGACCUCACCUUUAUGCCGUUCAGAUAUUGCCAUAGCAUCUCGUGAAGAUUGUCCUGUGGUUGGACGUUCAACUUAUCCUACAGGAUCCUCUGCAAUAAGAAGUGCUUCUUUAAGUCCAUCAAGGGUUCGUGACUUGUCUUCGCAAUAUGAUGGAGGCAAAAUAUCAUCCUCUUCACUUAGACAUUAUGAUGUAUACUCUCCCCCAAAAAGCUUAGAUGCGGGACACUCUCCUCGAUCUAGGAGUGAGAUACAUUUUUCUAAGAAAAGAGAAGCAAUUCCACCCUCAAGAACCACUCAUUAUUACACUGAAGAAAAACCGUAUCAUCGACUAUCAACUUCAAAUAAUCGGAUUUUAGAUUAUGAUCAUGGGAAUUCCGACAUUGAGGCAGACCAAAAUACCAGUGGAGAUCUACUAAAUUUGUCAAAUUUAUCUUUAUCUGAUGAUUGUAUUUUGAAUGAAUCUGAGGUUCUAUAUUCGCCUUCCCCAUAUACUAGUGCUGACCAUAAUUCUUAUUCUAAUCCAAGGAAUUACAGUUCUGUUAAGGCAAACACAUCUGUUAGUCUUUCUAUGCCACAUAAAUCAGUAAGACAGCACGUAAGUCCCAGAGAGGUUUUUAUUCCAAAAAGAAGUGGGUCACUCUCACCGCCUGUCCUAACUAGUCCUUCCCCCAAGUCGAUACUUUCUCCAAGAAGCCGUAAGCCUGAAAUUUCAUCUUCCCUUCCCCUGUCUGAUAAUGUUCACCGAAUACUCUUACCAUCAGAAGACAUUGAAAUAAGAAGAUUAGAUUCAUCUCUCAGUCCAAGUAGACUAAAACCAACAUGGCAAACACUUCGUCCCAGCUAUUUACCUUCACCACCACGAAACAAUAUUCGACGAUCGGUUACAUUUACUGACCCAGAGUACGAAAACCCUUAUGUAUUUAGAGAUGACGAUGUCAGUUUGUAUAGUGGUUCAUACGGUUCGUUACGAAGGCAUUCACCAUCUCUGCCAAUCUCAAGUUGGGAAUCUAGUGACCAUGAGCGAUAUUUGCGGGAUAAGCAAGGCAGGGAAAAGGAUGCAUUUAGAGAAAAGAUAGAGCGGCUUAAAGAAUUGAUUCAAGAGAAUAAAGACCAGGAAAUAGGAUUACCAGCCACAUCUCUCAAAUCCAAAAUUACAGAAUAUGAUCAGCAUAAGAAAUCAUCAAGAGAAAGUUCACUUGAUAGAGAAUCAAAAGCAAAGGUGUCACAAUCACGACGAUCUUCUUUUGUCAGGGAACUUAGUUCUGAUCAUGAAGAGGAGCCAUCUCAAAUAACACCAAGGGAAAAAAAUAAUUCAUCCUACACAACUACAGAUCUUAGAAAUGAUUUAAAAUCUGAAGAGGAUUAUGAUAAAGAUACAUCAGAGGCAGUGUCUGAAAAAGAACAGUGGUCCGGUCAGUUUGAUGAAAAGGAAGAAGAUGCUAAGGAGAAAUUUAAAAAUUUAAGUGAAGAAACUGUAAUUUUAAGAACACUGAAUGGCUUGUCUAAAGAAACACUUCAGAAUUCAGAUGAUGCAAAAAAUGGCAGCUCCAAGCUACAUGAAGAAACUGAUCCAGAAAAAUCUAUUCCUGAGCAAAGAAGUAAUACUGAAGAUGUUGAAAAGCCUCAGCUGGAUCAACCAAGUAGUGAACAAGCUGUGAAAGAUGCAAAAGAGACAGAGGUGAAUCAAAGUACCAACUUCAUCAAAAUGGAAAGUCAAAAUCAAAUGAAAGGUUCAGUGGAAGCUGAAAAGCAUACACCUGUAGAAGCUGCUGAGAAAACUGAUUCUUUGAAAAGUGAACCAGAAGCUAAUUCCAGUUUGGAAACUGAAAAGCAACAACCCGUUUCAACAGAAGAGAAAGCCUAUGAUGACCUUACUGAUCCAAAUAAUUUCUCCUAUAAAGGAGAUGAACAGCAGCAGGCUUGGUCAAUGAGUGACGAUAAGUCACAAGUCCCGCAGCAAAACAUGCAAUAUAAUUAUGAACAAGGCGAUGAUUCAACCACUUAUGAAGGACAGGCUCAAAAUGAUGCUAAACAAGGGCAAGAUGGUGCGUACGAGCCCUAUACUGUUGGUCCAGAACAUGAACAGCAAGGCUAUGAAAGUUACAAAAAAGAAUCAGAUCAACCACCUGAUGUACAAGGAGAUUACAAUGAGACAGGGUAUGAAGCCUAUCAAGAAUCACAGCAGGCAGCAGAUUCAGUGAGUACUUACCCAGAGUAUACAGACGAUCCAAACCAAUACCAACAGAGUUAUGAACCAUACACAGGUGAUCAACAAUACUCUGAACAACAAGAUCAGAGCAAUUAUCAAUAUUCUCAAGAUCCUGAUAAGACUCAGUAUGAGUAUGAGGGACAAGAAUACAAUUAUCAACAAAAUACAGAUAACUACAACUAUCAGCAAGACCCGAAUUACCAACAAGAUUCAACGUACCAACAGGAUCAAACAUACCAGCCUGACCAAAAUUACUCACAAGAACAGAACUAUCAACAGGACCAGAACUACCCUCAAGAACCAGAGUACCAGCAAGAUUCUCAGUACCAAGAAGCUGGGUAUGAAGGAUCACAACAGUACGAAGGCUACCAACCUGGUGCAGAAGACAUUUCAGAGGACACCACUACACCAUCAGCUGAGUCAAAUUAUCAAGGGCAGCAGUACCAGGGAGGAGCAGCUGAACAACAACAGACACUUGAACAAUAUCGAGCUCUACUUGGAGCAGAUCCAAGCAGUGAGCCUGCCUACAGUGAUUCCAGUGAAAUUGAAAAUCAGAUGGCUGCAGUUGUAGGGCAGGGUGUUAAUAAUGCACCACCAAGUGUUUUGGAACCAUCUCAAUCAACACCACCAGCUUCUUCUUCUCCAGCAGGGUCUGCGGCCGCUAAAGGGAAGGCUGGGGCUAAAAAAAAACCUCAACUUACUCGAAAGCAAAGUAGUGUAACAGCUGAGAAUGUGGAAGGCAAGCAACAACAGGUCCCGAGCCUUACACCAAUGCCUGAGACACAUCCAGAUUCUUCAGCCUCCCAGUUAGCAAGUGACAGUGAUUUUGAUGUUAGCUCAUCACACUAGUUACCACAGAAAGCAGUUCAAUACUGCUUUACGCAGUAUACUGCUUAUUUGCAAAGUUCCUUUCAUUAAGUAGUGGCAUUAAUUACUAGUCACAUUCAUACCUACACAAUAGAAAAAUGAUUUGCCAUUGCAACAACUUUUUCAAUUUAAAAUUUGAAUGAAAUUUUAGAAGAAUUUACUGAUGAUGAGAAUAACUAGUAUCUCACAGCAAAGUAGAAUACCUGUAGCCUCUUCACAUUUUUAAACUGCACUAACAUAUUUUACAAAUGUUUCUGAAAUAAUUUUCUCAUUGUGUUAUAGCUAAUUUUAAAACUUUGUCUAGUUUAACACACAACAUAAUCCAAGUGCACAGUACAGAUAAAAUAUGUAUUACUUUUAAAACUUGUUAUUUGUACAGUUUAUUCUCUGAAGCAUGUAAUACAGUUUAUCAAUCGUAAGAAAAAUAAAUAUGAACCAUCACAA